AUGAAUACUAGUAAUAUACCGUUAGAAGGUCGUACUCGCUUACCUGGUAAGAUUCAGGACUGCAUCCAGGACUGUGGUCUGAUUGUUUCUCAUAUAUUGGCUUCUUCUCGAUCCAAUGAGGCUUUAGGAGGAGCCAUUAAGAAUUUUGCUUCCAUGGAUUCAACAGUUGAGCACUCAGCAAAGGUGCUUAUCAGUAAGCAGCAAGUAAAUGUCGUUUAUGUUGACUCAAGCAAUUGUAUGAAUUUAUCUUUGAACCGAUCGUGUAGUUUCUUAAGUAUUGCAUAA